AUACAUAUUCCGAUGACAAAUACAGCUCAGUUGCAAAAUGGUGUCGAGGUAAAGUUAAGGUGUGCUACUAAAAAUAUUUUCUAUGGGCAAGAAUUUAGGCGUCAGAUACACACAAUGGAUCCCAUCAAAAAGUCUUAUACUAGAUUUCGGUACACCCAAGAGACACUGGAAAAAGCACAUAAUUCUAUAAUCAGAGGUGAAUUUAGUAUAAAUAAGGCCAGCAUAAUGUAUAAUAUAAUAUAAUAUAAUGUAUAAUAUAAUAACAUACCAACGUCAACUCUACACAACAAAAUCAACAAUAAAGUACCAUGGCAACGUAAAAUGGGCCCAAUGUCGGAACUAACAUUCGAAGAAUAGCGAAAACACUUUAUUAAUGUUGUCAUGUGAGUUAAAAGUUUAAGACUGAAAUAUAUUUUUGGUCUAUUUUUAAUAUUAAAACCUUUAGCUUAAGUUUGUUGUAUUAAUUACUGUCAAAUGUUUAUAAAAAAUGUAGGUAGUAAAGUAAGUACCUAUUGCUAUUGUCGUCGAAAUAAAAAAUCUAAAUUCCAUUUACCGUUAAGGUUUAUAACUGAAUCUUGGCUAUUUAUUGCUUCGUAUAAAUCCAUAUUUUAUUAUAUAGAUAGGUAUACUAGCUUGCUCUUCCUAAUUACUAAUAAACUACUAAAGAUAUUCAGGUCGGAAGAAACCAAUCCAUUUCGACCAGGUUUCGAAGCGCUCAGAUAUUAUCGAGAGGAGCUGAGGAAGUCCGCUUUAAAAGAUGCUGCUGGAUUGAUAACAGCACAAGGUGAAAGCUGGAGAAAAUUCCGUACUACAGUAAACCCUGCGUUGUUGAAGAUCAAGCUUUUGAAAUUGUAUGCGCCAGCGCUGGAAGAAAUAGCUGAUGAAAUGGUAGACAGGCUCAUUAGACUCCAAGACCAAGGGGAUUACUUGAAAGAAAAUUGGGAUAAGGAAAUGAUAAAUUGGGCUUUAGAAUCUGUCGCUCUCAUGGCCAUGGAUGUACGUCUGGGCUGUUUGAAAGAUAACCUUGGAAAAGAUCAUCCUAGUAAACAGUUGAUUCAAUGUGCAAAGGAUAUACUAGAUUUGUCAUUCAGGUUGGAGAUACUGCCUAUUAGCAUUUGGAGAAAGUACCCAACGAAGACUCUUAAGAAACUUGUAAAGACAUUCGAUUUGCAGUGGCAGUUAAGUAGCAAUUAUAUCGUGGAAGCAAAAAAAAGAAUAAAUAAUCGAGGUCACGACAUUCCCGAAGAAGAUAAGACAAUAGUGGAAAAGCUGCUAACAGUUGAUGAGAGUGUCGCUAUCAUGAUGGCUAAUGAAAUACUACUAGCCGGCAUAGACACGGUAUCGUUUACUGUGACUAAGCUCCUCUACCAUUUGGCCACAAAUCCUGACAAACAGGAGAAGGCUCGCCUGAACUUAUUAGAAAAAAGAUCAAGUAAACAGUACUUACGGGCGUGCAUCAAGGAAUCGUUGCGUCUUUCGCCGAUUGUUUCAGUAAAUGUGAGACGGACGGGGAAGGAGCACAUCGUUGCUGGUUACCACGUUCCCAUAGGGAUAGAUGUAAUAGCGCCAAAUGAAAUAUUGACUAAUUCGGACAAAUUCUUUCCAAAAGCGAAAGAAUUUAUCCCUGAAAGAUGGUUAGCGGACAAAAGAGAUCCUUUAUACUACGGGAAUGCGCACCCCAUGGCUAGUUCCCCCUUCGGGUUUGGGAUAAGGUCGUGUAUAGGACGUCGGAUAGCCGAGUUAAAGAUAGAGACUUUAGUAGAGACGAUACUGAGAAGAGUUCGAGUGAGCUGGGAAGGACCACCAUUAAAAGUCACCACAAGAAUCAUGAAAGUUCAUGAAAAACCAUUUGGUUUUAAAUUUGAAGCUUUAAAUUAAAUUUUGAAAAACUAUUUUUAUUGAAGCAAUGAGAUGUGUCAAACCACUAGCGGAUCUAUUUUUGUUAUCCACCGCAACAUCCAAAACAAUAAAACAAGCAGUCGGAGAUAGAACGCAAGUGAAGCU